UGUUCUCCUGACUCGCAGCAGCAGGUUCUCUGCCUGCCUUGUUGGGACUGUGGGAUGUUGCUGAACACACCCUCUGCAUCUCGCUGUCUUUUUAUAUCAGCGUUAACCAACAGACUGGAGAGCGUCUCAACCUCCUUCAAAGAUGUGGCGCAGUGCUGGUUGACUGCAUCUGCUUGAGGGAGCUGUGAUGGCGGGGUCAAAGAUGUGCUUGCCUUUGGCCCUGGUGGUGUUCCUCUCAGUGCUGCUGUCUGGAGCAUCCCAGGCUGGACCAGAGAUGGACCCUUACAAAAUCUUAGGGGUCACUAGGAGCGCAAGCCAGGCGGAGAUUAAGAAGGUCUAUAAGCGUCUUGCAAAAGAAUGGCACCCUGACAAAAACAAAAAUCCAGGGGCAGAGGACAUGUUUAUCAGGAUUACCAAAUCGUAUGAGAUCCUGUCCAAUGAAGAAAAACGUCUCAAUUAUGACCGUUAUGGACAGACUGAUGACACACAGCCAUACGGCAGCAGUCACUACGGUCAUCGUCAUGACGGUUUUUACUUUGACGAGUCCUUCUUCAAUUUUCCCUUCAACAGCAAGAAUCACAGAGACUUUGCUGACAGCAGGUACAUUUUGAACUUCAAUCAGUACGUCAGCGACGUGGUGCCUGACAGCUACAAGAGGCCGUAUUUGAUAAAGAUCACCUCUGACUGGUGCUUCAGCUGCAUCCACAUUGAGCCUGUUUGGAAAGAAGUGGUGCAGGAGAUGGAGACUCUAGGUGUUGGAAUAGGUGUGGUGGAUGUUGGCUAUGAAAGAAGACUGGCAAAUCACCUUGGUGCUCAUCGCACCCCUUCCAUUCUUGGAGUCAUUAAUGGCAAAGUGACGUUUUUCCAUUAUGCCGUAGCCAAGGAACAUCUCAGGCAGUUUGUAGAAGACCUUCUCCCUCAAAGAUUAGUGGACCGGGUCACUGACAAGAAUGACCUUCAGUUUUUGAACAGCUGGCAUGAGCUCAACAAGCCACACGUGCUUUUGUUUGACCAAGUUCCCGUAGUUCCUCUGCUCUACAAACUCACAGCCUUUGCCUAUAAGGACUACUUGCAGUUUGGCUAUGUGGAUCAGGGCCUUUCAGAAACAGCCAAUCUGCAGAAACAGUUUAAUAUUAACACUUAUGCCCCAACAAUGUUGGUUUUCAAGGAGAAUAUUGACAAGCCAGCGGACAUUAUCCAGGCCAAGGGAAUGAAAAAGCAAAUUAUUGACGAGUUCAUGUCAAACAACAAAUUCCUCUUAGCACCACGGCUGGUCAAUCAGAAACUCUUUGAUGAGCUUUGUCCUGUCAAACAGUUCCACAGACGCAGGAAAUAUUGUGUUCUGCUGAUCACAGGUGAUGAAGAGACCUUCUCUUUUGGAAACCAGGCAUUUCUCUCAUUUGCUUCAACAAAUACCAGAGAAGUUGUAAGAUUUGCCUACGUGUACCAGCGACUACAACAACCCUUGUGUGAUAUUCUUGUGAAGAACAAGGACAGUGCACAGUCACAUCCUCAGGUUGUGAUCUUGGAGAGGCGUAAUGCUGCAGGCAAGGCUUUGUUCAAGCCAGUUACUGUCUGGAAUGGCAGUGAGGAAGACAAGCAGUGUCUUCUGGAGGAGCUGGACAGACUUCAGAAGGACCCCUCCAUCCUCAUUCAUGAUGCCAUGCUGCCUGAGCUCAACAAUGAGUUUGCCUCUAUGUUUGUAAUCAGAUGGAUCUAUGCAUCUUAUGAUUAUCUCUCUGAGGUCAUUGAUGAUAUUCUGCACAACAAUUGGCGUGAGAUGAUGCCUCUUUUGUCCCUUAUCUUCUCUGCCUUGUUCAUCUUGUUUGGAACUGUGGUCAUCCAGGCUUUCAGUGAUUCAAGUGAUGAUAAGCAGACUAAACCAAAGGCAAAAGAUGGAACAAAGGCAGAAAAUGGGUCCCCAGGAGCUGGUGGACCUUCAAGUCGGCCUCCUAAGAAGAACUUUGUAGAAGUGACGGAGCUGACCGAUAUCACCUACAUGAGCAACCUGGUGAAGCUGAGGCCGGGACACAUGAACAUAGUGCUUGUGCUCAGUGACGCUUCCAAGAACAUCCUACUAAGCAAGUUUGCCAAAGAGGUCUACUCUUUCACAGGGAGCCUGACGCUGCAUUUCUCUUUCCUGAAUGUUGACAAGCAUAGUGAGUGGAUGAACACACUCCUGGAGUACGCACAGGAUGCUACACAGAUUGAUGCAGAUGAGGAUGACGGUGGCAACCGCAAGAUAGACUACACCGGCUUCGUACUGGCACUUAACGGCCACAAAAAGUACCUUUGUCUGUUUAAGCCGGUCUAUACUGGGGAAGACCUUGACAAUAAGUCAUCAGAGGACGAAGCGGUCACUUCAGGCGGAAGGUCGAGGUCAAGUUCCAGGGAUGACCACCCACCACGUAAAUCAAACAAAUCCCGCAGCAUAUCCACCCUACAGAUCCACCACAAACUGGACCGUCUGGGACUCUGGAUGGAGAGGCUAAUGGAGGGCACUUUGCCACGCUAUUACAUUCCUGCCUGGCCUGGACUAGACAAGAUAACCCCCAAUAAAUAAAAUGGACUUGUGUUUUCUCAAAAUAGUGUGGCUCCCCUUAUGUGGCUCCCUAACAAGCUAGAUUAUAGCUGUCUGUUUUGCACUUCAGAUAUUUAAUAGUUACAAAUGUCUUUUUAAAUUGAGUCACAGUUGAUUUUGAGCAACUGCUGUAGGACAGAUCCUUUAGCAUACAGUAUCUUCAUUACUUGCAUGCUGUUUUCAACAGUCGGUGGUCGUAUUUAUUCAGGCAAAUGCUGCUAAAGCCUUGUAAAGAGAAAACAAAAGCACUGUGGCUACCUGUGUCUCCUGCCAUCAUGACUAUAAAUCAUCUUGAUGCUAAAGGAGGCAGAAUUACUACCUUUAUAUUCAUAGAUGAUACUGUGAAUAGAGAUGCAUGUCUCUAAACUUCAAUAUCUUUGCCUUUUUAAUGUUUCUCAGCCCAUUUGUCUUUGGUGUCAUAAAUUAUCUUCUGAACGAUACCAUGUUUGUUCAAUAUAAAAUACUGCUGUAAUUACAAUGCCUUUUACCCUAAACUCAGAGUGUUUUUCCAUGUUAGAUGGCGUGCUUGCACAGAAAGAAAGAUUGUUUAGUUGUAUGCUUGUUUGAUGGAAACCAUUCUGGUUGGGGUUAAAAAUGUACUUCACUACAAGCAAGACUUUUUUAGCAGCCUUAGUUAAACAACCUCAGUUUGCCAGUAGCUUUAUGUAGCAUAUAAAAUAAUGUGCUGUCUAUUUAAUUUUCUGAAUGUUAAAAAAGGCCAUAAUUUACUGCUACUUUAUCAUUAUGCGAUGUUUGAGUAGUGCAUUAAUCUUUUUGUCAGCAUUAAGUGGGAGAUUGUCAUUUUUUAGCAGCCCAUAGUGUAAAAAUGUACAUAAUGGAUUAUAAAGGUGAACGUUUUACAUGACUUUGAGGAAAAAAGCUGAAGGUCUGUUUCAUUUAGAGUUUAUUUUAUAAGUAUAUAUAAAAAAACAGAGUCUGCUGCUGUCAGACGUUUGGCGUUUGUCUUGUGUUUAUCCUUCUGUUGGUUGUAAUUAAAGGCUUUGUUUUUGUUUA